CUAUACAAAUCCAUGGCACGUCAUUGACAGCUCAUUUAAUUCACUUUUGCGUGGACCUGUACCACUGACGUCUGCUGGCGUCUUAGUCGUGUACACGUGCGCAGGUGGUCAAUUAAUAAUGAUUCGGUCAUGAGAGAGGAGUUUAGGAUUUAAACGCUCGUUUCGCUCGGAGAUUUGGGGCUGCGGAGCAAAUUGUGUACAGAGCAACGGUUGACAUCGGGAUUGCUGUCAUGGAGGUAGGUGAAGCACCGUGCGACAACGACCGGGAGACGAUGGACGACGAGCGGCGACGACGACGACGACACUCGCGGGCGGCGCUCUGCGAGAGCGACGAGGUCGAGAACUCGGACGAGAGUAGCGAGAGCAGACCGUCCGGAGAGAGGUGGGCCCCGGUCGGCGCGAACGACGGCGACGAGUUCGCGGAUGAAUACAAAUAUGUCAACGGCAGCAUGGAGAACCUCGCAUACGACAUGGAGAGAGUAAAGAUGCUGGAGGAAGAACAGGAGAUGCUGAACUCGUCUCUGAUAGCGUUAACUACCCACUUUGCUCAGGUCCAGUUCCGUCUCCGACAGAUCGUGGACGCGCCAGCCAGCGAGAAGGAGACGCUGCUCAAGGAGCUGGAGGAAUUCGCGUUUAGGGGAAUACCGGAUGUGCCGAAUAACUUAUUGUUAGAGAGCAGAUCUGUCACGCCGAUCUCCCCUGUAUCCUGUGGUCGAAGCGUGACUGGUGUGAUUACUGACGCGGAGGUCGAAUCCAAAAUGGCAUUGCAACGAACGAAGCAGAGAGAACUGAUAAGCCAGUUGAAGUCUCAGUUGGAGGAUCUGGAGAAGUACGCCUACGAGACUGGCGAUGCCGAUCUACCGCAAAGCGUCAUCCUGGAGAGGCAAAAUAUCAUAAUCAGUCAUCUAAAGGAAAAAUUGAACUUCAAUGUCGAUGAUCUAUGCAAACUACCGGCGGAUGAUCUCAGGUGGCAAGUCGAUUACGCCAUAAGUCAAAUUGUCAGUCCGUUAAAAAUGAAGGAGCAGCUGGUCUCUCAGUUGAAGACGCAGAUCACCGACUUGGAGCGUUUCAUAAACUACCUUCAGGGAGAAGUUAGCACCGAAACUUUAGCCUGCACGUGCGCGUGUCCAGUACACGCUGGUGGUUCCGGUGCCUCAUCAGCUUCCUACGGCUCCAAGCGGCGUUUCGAACGUGGAAGAUCUGUCAAGGAAGAAGCGGGUGCGGCUAAUCAAACCAAAACUCUAAACACCGUACGCAAGGUGGUCGGACUUCUGCACAUGUUCCUGAUAUCGCAGCUGGGUUGUGGCAGCGAACGGGUACGCCGGAACUUCGGCGGUAACAGCAGGAACCCGGCGCACAAUUGGCGCGACCUGCGCACCAGAUUGGACAUCGCUGUGGAGCACGUGCUGGAGACGAUCGCGGAGACGUCGCAGCGACAACAACAGCUGCAACGUCAUCCCGACGACGAGGACGAUAUCGACGACACCGACGACAACGACAACGAUUACACGUCCGACUCGGACUCGUCGUCUCACGCGAACGCGAAGAUCACGUCCGCCGUGAGGAAACACCUCACCACCUCGGUCAGGGAUCUCGUGCAGCAUGGCCUGACCGUGGACGUGAUGCGUUCCGGGUCCAGCGUAGUGCCAUUCGGCAGCUGCUUCCCGCAACGAGACGUCACAUCGGCGAACUUCAUGCACGCCUGGGAGUUGAUACUGAAGUACUAUGAGAUAAAAAACGGACGUCGUUACAAUUCUAGUCCCGCGCAGAAGUUGUCGCAGAGCUUCAAUCUGGACCUCGCGGCUGGGAGAAUAGCUUCCUCGAAGCAGAGCUUACUGACGACUAUAGGUAAUAUCAUCGCUUCUCAUAGUCCUUACAAGAGAAGUUACGACUCGCACUUUAAGGCGUUUGUAUGCGCAGCUUUGAACGCGAAUAAACUCGUGAUAUGGCUGAAGUUAAUCCUGCAAUGCCAGUGUCUUCUGGAAAAUUAUUAUCUCUCGUGGAGUUACGUUGUAAAGACAGGUUUCCAAGAUGCGUUUCACACCUUGGAUCGCCUUACCAGUUACAAGUUCGAUCUGCCGGUGGACUUAGCCGUACGACAGUUUCAAAAUAUCAAAGACGCGUUUUGAUUGUACAAUUUUAUCGUUAUCGUUUCGUGUAAAUGACAAAUGUAGGAUGUAGAACGUAUAUGUACUUUCAGUACUUUCUGUAACACAAGCCAUAAUACUGUACAAGUGAACGAUAACGGUAUGUAAGCCGAGUUACUAGAAAUAAAACACUUGUGUGAAUAGCUCUCUUGGAUUUAGAAAAGUGCAAAGAGAUAUGAUAGAACGCGAUUAAAUGAUGCCAGAGGACUGGUAUUUGAACGUAAUUCUUUCAGAAUUAUUGAUCAUUAAUAUCUUCUUUAAUGAAAUAUUUCUACGCAUAAAAAUAAUGUUUA